AUGCAUCCUUCUGCAGAUGGUGCAUGUGGUGCUUUUCGGAAUGAUCUCACCUGUAAGGUGCAUGCCGAUUUGGAUGAUGGAGAUAGUGUGGCCCCUAUCACUAAUGUGGCAGCCAGUGUAACAAGGACACAACUGCUAUUAGCUCACAAUGAUGACUACAAUGACCCUGUGUUAGGUACUGUGUCCCACACUGUCGAUAUCUGGAUGUCGAUGAACGACAGGGCAGCAGAGUGUAGAAAUGGGUCCAACCAGUCAAAUGGCUCCACAAAGCCAUCAGAAAUUCAUCGCAUUAAAUUCAAUCUGAAUAAUCAUGGGCAUUUAUGCCUCACCACUGAAGAGCAAAUUGCAGCUCUGCCAAAGUCAACCAAUGGUUACACGAAUGCGGUUUAUGUAACAACAAAUCCUAAAUAUUUGUAUACCAAUUGUGACUGCUCUAUCCGAGAAUUCUUCAAUUAA